AUGCAUAACAUAGAUGAUAUUAAUAAUAUAACUCAAUAUCAAUCAUUGUCCAUUGGUUUGGUUGAUCGUUUGAAGAGGGACACAGUGCAGAUGCUUAAUAAGCGUGUGGCUGCGAUACCAAGAUCAGAUAUGAAUGGCGAUGGUGAUGGUGAUGGCGACGGCGAAGAGGAUGACAUGUCACCAGAUAUGUUAUACUCUACACUUGAUAGUGGUGGAUGCCUGCAGCUACUGAUGCAGCUAUCACAGAUUGACACACAGUUGGAGCAAGUGUUGGAGAGACAACGCACAACAGUCGAUGAUGAGAAGCGAAGAUCUGAACACCUGGACAACACAUUGAACGCGUUGGCUUAUGAGAAGGACACGGUACAAUCACAGCUGACGCAACUCGAAGCUGCCCUGCCAUUCGAUAUCAAUGACCAGCGACUCAACCUCUCAUCCGAGUCGCACUUCCUCAGCGAUCGCCCGUCAGGCUAUCACUCGGGCCAUCAAUCAAACAAGGUGAUCGAGCGACUCGAGUGGGAGAUGUCCAAGCGCAUCGCCAAGCUCCAGGAGCUCGAACAGAUGAAGGCCAAGCUAGUCGAUGUCGCCGCGCAGGAGCAACGCAAAGCCAAGGAGUUGGCAGACUUUGAGGCCAAGCUCAAGAGUGGCAAUAUCACGACGGCGGCGGUCAUGCGGCCCAUCCAAGCACACAUGACCAUACAGAAACAGAGUCAGCCGCCAAUCAUGGACAAGCACCCUCUACUCAAACAUGCGCCAUUGCCACUAUUCAUAUUAUACAAUGAGUUGCGAUCAUUCCAAGAGGUAUUCUGCAACCAGAUCGAUGUUGACCUGAACUGUACAGACGUGGCGACAACCUCAACAUCAUCCCAACCAUCAAUACUCACUCCAUCAGAAAUAUAUGUAACAUUGAUCAUCACAUCUGCCAACAACAAUAUGUUGACGAUGCAAUUCUAUUAUUAUCCAAACUUGAAGAUGGUAUCGGUCGUGCCAUCGAUGAAUGGCAAUGAGAUUAGAGGUCAGAGAUUGUUGGAGAGUUUAGAUCCCAAUGAUAAGGGAUUGAUCACACUCAAUGCCUCCAAUCACUUCCUGUUGGGCAGUGACGAGGCGUCAUUCACAUCGGCCAGUCACAAUAUCAAGGGCAGACCAUUCAGAUGGCUGCAACAUAUAACCGGUCUUACAUUCCUACCCGAGAUUACCAUUGACGAUGUACACAACAAGUCUUUCCAGAUCCACAACUUCAAGCCAAAGACUACCAACGAUAUCCUAUUCGAUAUAAUCUCAAACAUCAAUCAU